GAAAGGAUUAAGCAUUGGUAAACCCAAACGUUUGUCUUUGUAAAGAAAAAAAAAAAAAAGGAGCAUCUCUUUCUCUUCUUCUUGUUCGUGGUGAAGUGGUGAUGCUUGGAACUUCCUGUUAGACGACGAAUCCUGCUUUCACAUCCAUCGUCUGCUUUCAUUUUCAAAGGUUUUUUCGUUCUUGACUCACAGAAUCAAUGUAGAGUUAUCAAUUGAACCUAAUUGCCCCCUUUCCGUUUUAGCUAUAGAUUCAUUAAGCACAUCUGCUCAUAGAUUUUUCUACAUGGGUAAUCAAAUUUAGGCUAUUUAGAAUCAACUGUAUCGGAAAAAUUACAUUUUUGUUCAUUUCUUUUCAUAUAUAGUGUGUGCUUAAGAAAGUUCAUAACGUUGUUUGAUUUGCAGGCGAAUAAAGUCUUUAUGGGCUCUAGAGAUUUCAUCAGCAGUUUGCCUGAUGAGGUUCUUGGCAAAAAAAUCUUAUCUUUACUUCCGACAAAACUCGUUGUAUCCACAUCUGUUCUGUCCAAGAGGUGGAGGAAUCUGUUCCAUUUUGUAGACAGCUUUGAUUUGGAAGACUCAACACCUAUCAGAAAUGCUGAUAGCUUCUCUGAUUUCAUGAAAGAUACAGUGGCUCUGUUAAGCAAUUGUCCCAUCAAGAGACUCACUCUCAAUUCCCACUAUGAAAAAUCUAGUGUUAACCGUUGGAUUCGCAGUGCCCUCAAACGCGGCUGCUUGGAACUUAACUUGCAGUCCCAAUAUGAUCAUUAUCUGGAUAUAGGGAUUUUCUUCCGCAAUAAUACAUUGGUUAAACUCACAUUAUCUAGUUAUCGAACUUUUCUUCGAGGCAAUGUUCCACCUGAGGGCAGAGUGUUUUUCCCUGCGCUCAAGACACUUUCCCUCGGUGCUGUUGUUGCUAAGCCAGCUCUGUAUAACUGGCUCAUCUCUGGAUGCCCUGUGCUCGAGGAAUUAUUCAUACUUGAUGUUGGUAGUGGUGAUGACCAGCCAACUUGGACGAGGUCUGUGGUUAGUGCAUCCAUCAAGCGACUCACGAUUGUUUUCCACUUUCCUCAUAACACAUAUCCUUAUGAAGACGAUGUUGAGAUCAAGACACCGAAUCUUGAGUUUCUUGACUAUUCUGCUCUUCGCUCCGAUGGUUCUGAUGUUGAUUAUCUUGAUUCGCUUGCCGAAGCUAGACUGGAUCUUAGAUUGUGGGAGUUAACUAACACUUUUGAUUUUGGUGAGGUUACAAAUCUGGUUUCUGCGAUAAGAAAUGUCAAGACCCUUCACCUCUCGUCCAGUUCUCUUGAGGCGUUUUACUACCGCUGUUAUACCAUGCCGGUCUUCGACAAACUCAUUCAUCUAUCUAUUGAGAGUGACAAGGAAAACGGUUGGCAGGCAUUGCCUCGUCUGCUUUUGAAAUCUCCAAAUCUACAAACUUUAGCUAUAAAGGGUCUUCUGCACAAAGUUACUUAUAGAUGUGGAAACGCAUGCGCUUGCACUAGCAAGCCUAAGAAAAGGUACUUAUACAAACGUUAUGAAGACGACAGUCCUACUUCUGAGGUGGAAGGAAGGUGUUGUUUAUCGACAUGUCGAGUCAAAGUGCUAGAAAUUUCAGGCUAUGGAGGAAGUCUUAGAGAGGUGAAACAAAUGGAGCAUUUCUUGAGAAAAUUGAAAUAUCUUGAAACUGUGAAAAUUGGUGUUGAAGAAGACAACGAUAGUGAGCACUUGCGCACCGAACUUAUGACUCUUGAUAUAGCUUCAUCAAAGUGCAACAUCCAAUUCAUCUGAUUCCUCUCUCACUCUGUCUGUCUCUGUUCCGUUGUGGUUUUGUGGCUGAGAAUUGGUGUGAUGGUAAUGUGGAAGAGACUCAAAAACAGGUUAAACAUGUGUUGUUAUAAGUUAUUGAUUUUGUGUAAUGUCUAGUUUGAUGAAUUUUGAUUUUGGUAAAUCUGAAUUGUCAAACUAAAGAGAAUCUGUACACAUGAUCUCUAAGCGUCUACGGGCUUGACUGGUUGAAACAUAGCGGCUGCAGGACCCUUCAAUUGUCCUAAAACCAACAUCCCAUCCUUUCGCUUCUACACAUUCUGUUUCUGUUCCAAAC